AUGAGUACCAGCAACAAAAAGUUCGAUGGGCCAAUAGAAUUGGAUACCCUAGAUAUAGCUACCCCCAAUGAUGCUGGAUCACCCUAUGCCAAAACUACAUUCCAGCCGUAUUCUCCAAUAAUUGACAAUAAUCCGUCUGGUUUUGCUAGCAUCAGCGGCCAACUUUCAAAUGCUAAUCAACCAGACAUUGAAUUUUCCAUGAUAUCUGGGACUGCUGCUGCGAACGCCAUCAAUAUUUCGACCCCGACACAUCGCCGUCAUCAGCGAAUCCUCUUUGUGUCAAUACUUUUCUCACUUAGUGGAUUGACUUAUAUGAUUCACUAUUAUGAAAACCUUAAAAUCGAAUACCCACCACUUGCCAUUAUCGUGAUCAUUGGGCUGUUGUCUUCAGUGAUUGCCCAGCUCAUAAACCAGUUUUAUCGUCGCCACUAUAGUUUAUCUCACGUUGCCAAGUUCUUGAUCUGGGGUUGUAUCAAUGGGGUGUUGACCCUGUUGUGGAUCGAUAUGCUCUUUGUACAAUUCGAUCAUACGGUGGCCAGGGUGAUGGUCGACCAACUUAUUGGAUCCCCAUUUUUCCAACUUGUGUUUUUGGUGUUGAACGCCAUCUGGGAUAACAAUAAUGAUAUUAGAACCUACUUGAGGGUGAACUAUUUGAAAUCUUUGAAGUUGAGCUACUUGAUCUGGCCAUGCUUCUCGAUACUUAGUUUUAGUAUCUUACCCCCAGAAUUCAUAUUUCCUUGUAACUGUCUAGUGAACUUGAUAUGGAAUGUGAUUUUGAGUUUUAUUGCAUGA